UGCUAGUGACAGAGCUCUGGGGCUGAAACAUGGCGGCUGCAGGGGAGCCAGGCCUGCAGGGGCAGGAAGAGGCAGAGGCGGCGGUAGUGGUGGUGGGUUCCUGCAUGACCGACCUGGUCAGCCUUACUUCUCGCUUGCCAAGAACUGGAGAAACCAUCCACGGACAUAAGUUUUUCAUUGGCUUUGGAGGAAAAGGUGCCAACCAAUGUGUUCAAGCCGCCAGGCUAGGAGCAAAGACAUCCAUGGUAUGCAAGGUUGGCAAAGAUUCUUUUGGCAAUGAUUACAUAGAAAACUUAAAACAGAAUGAUAUUUCUACAGAAUUUGCAUAUCAGACCAAAGAUGCUGCUACAGGAACCGCUUCUAUAAUUGUCAAUAAUGAAGGCCAGAACAUCAUAGUCAUUGUGGCUGGAGCAAACUUACUUUUGAAUUCUGAAGACCUACAGAAGGCCUCCAGUGCCAUUAGCAGAGCCAAAGUAAUGAUCUGCCAGCUGGAAGUCACCCCUGCAGCGUCGCUGGAAGCCCUGACAAUGGCCCACAGCCACGGAGUGAAAACCUUGUUCAAUCCAGCUCCUGCGCUCGCCAACCUGGACCCGCGCUUCUACACUGUCUCCAACGUAUUCUGCUGUAAUGAGAGUGAGGCAGAGAUCCUGACAGGCCUGGCAGUGGGCAGUCCUGAGGAGGCCGGGAAGGCUGCGCUGACACUCAGGGACAGAGGUUGCCGGCUGGUCAUCGUCACCUUGGGUGCGGAUGGAUGUGUGAUGCUGGCCCAGACAGACUCGAGCCCCAAGCACAUUCCCACUGAGAGAGUCACAGCCGUGGACACCACGGGGGCUGGUGACAGUUUUGUGGGCGCGCUGGCCUUCUACUUGGCUCACUACCCAAACCUGCCCUUGGAAGACAUGCUCAGGAGAGCCAAUGCCAUCGCGGCGGUCAGCGUGCAGGCCGCGGGGACACAGACCUCAUACCCCUACAGGAAGGACUUGCCAUCUCAUCUCUUCUGACAGCUGCCAACAUGGCCCAUCAUGCACCGGGGGCUCAUGCUCCAGGCCCAUGUUCUCCUUUAGUGUCAAAUCUCAUCUAUUGUCUUAGUAUCUCUGCUUCUUUCCACUCUGGAGAAGCUUAUUCUUGCUCAUAUCUUUUCUCUCCUCUUGUAUCUUUC